AUGGCUACGGCAGCAGUUACCGUUAUCAAGCCCAAUGGCCCCCUUCCGGGUGUCCAGAACUCGGAAAACUCAAAUGAGUUGCCCCGACCUUACAAGUGCCCUCUCUGCGAUAAGGCCUUCCACCGCCUCGAGCAUCAGACUCGACACAUCCGCACUCACACUGGAGAGAAGCCUCACGCCUGCCAGUUCCCCGGCUGCAGUAAGAAGUUCUCUCGAUCUGAUGAGCUCACACGCCACUCUCGCAUUCACAACAACCCUAACUCAAGGCGAGGUAACAAGGCGGCCCAAGCACACCAGCAACAGCACCAAAUGCACCAGCAGCAGGGCCUUCCGCCUCAUAUGAUGCCCGAUGGAAUGAUGGCGCCGCCUCCCGCGCCCAAGACCAUCCGCUCCGCCCCUGGCUCCGCACUUGCUUCACCCAAUGUGUCUCCUCCUCACUCCUACUCUACCUUUGCUCUGCCCGUUUCUGCGGUUCACUACAACCGCGGCGGUGACAUUUCCAUGCUGGCCAAGGCUGCCACUCAGGUUGAGCGUGAGACUCUGACUGCUCCUCCUCACCACAGCAACAACCACCGUCAUCACCCUUAUUUUGGUCACGGAAUGCAUAGCUCUCGAGGCCACCUGCCUACGCUUUCUUCCUACCACAUGGGCCGCUCUCACUCAAAUGAGGACCCCAGCGAUGACCACUACUCUGGCGCUAUGCGACAUGCUAAGCGAUCAAGGCCCAACUCUCCCAACUCUACAGCUCCCUCUUCGCCAACAUUUUCUCACGACUCUCUGUCACCCACUCCCGACCACACGCCUAUCGCUACUCCUGCUCAUUCUCCUCGUCUGCGACCUUUCUCUACUGGCUAUGAGCUGCCAAGUCUCCGAAAUUUGUCUCUCCAGCACAAUACCACGCCUGCUCUGGCCCCUAUGGAGCCUCAUCUCGAGCAGAAUCAGUUCCAGCAGGGAUCUGCCCCCACUACCCAGCCUCGCCCUACUGGGAUGUCUUUGACGGACAUCAUCAGCCGGCCCGAUGGAUCUCAGCGAAAGCUGCCUGUUCCUCAGGUUCCCAAGGUGGCUGUCCAGGAUCUACUUUCUGACAAUGGCUUCAGCCACAGCGGCAGGAGCUCAGGAACCAGCAGUUUGGCCGGCGGCGAUCUCAUGGAUCGAAUGUAG